GCAUUACACAAAUAACUGUUUUAUUGAAACCGCAGAGACCUUCCUUUCAUUUUCUACGUUUGUCAGUACUCUACUCAGCACCGACUGCUUCAAACACAAUGCGUGCCAAAGGCGAUGGAGCAUAAUCCCUUGAGUAGGAAGCUGAGAUUCAGGUGCGAGGAGAGGACAGGACACGUAAGAGACACUAGCAACAAGGAGGCUGAUAGGUCCUGACCUAUAGUCCUAACUCAUACUCCUAAUCAGUAGGUGGCGGUACUGCACCUAAAAGUUGUUUGCUAACCACCAGUAAAACUCAGGAAGGAGACUGAUCGUUGGCAUGCUCUCAACCCAGGAAAAACUUCAAGCUUUACAAGAUGCUGUUUUAAACCAGUUUCCACGGCCAAAGCUGAUGUUAGAAAAUCCAUCAACAGUAGAAUAUGCAAGCUAAGACACCAGACCUUUCCUCACCAGAGCGGGAAGCUGUGGAGGAGUUGUGGCCCGGCAUUCGCAACAGCCGGUACAGCGUGCCUCACAUCACCCUGGCUCCAGACACCCGGAGACGACCGAGGCAGCCAGCGAGCGAGCACCGGUCUCGAUGCAGCUUCACGGAUCGCGUUCAGGCGAACAGAGACGCCAUCGCCCAAAAUGAAAACGGUAAGACUCCGCUUGUCAUUGUAACCUGCACUGCUUGCCACAUGUACAGUUUAGCUUCUUCCGUCAGCACAGAGGGGUUUACAUGUGUUAAGUGUAUUGAAGUAGUAAGGCUGACGGAGAAGGUUGCAGAACUAGAAGCGCACAUCCGAACGCUCGUUGAGGACAGUAAGACCGCUAAUGCUAAUGUUAAUGUUUCAAACACUGUUUCGGGUGCACCUACGGUAACGCGUAGUACACAUAGCUCGGUUCCGGCAACUGAGUUAACACGGCCGACUAACUGGGUGACUGUCAGGCGGCGUAGUCAUAUUCGAUGCCCAUCGAAGUCCCCCCUAGUAAUUUCUAACAGAUUCGACAUUCUAAACAAUACACCGGCUGAGACAUCUGUUAAAGGUGCCCUUGUUAUUGGAGACUCGAUACUUAAGAACGUGAACAUUGAGGCACCAGCCACCAUAGUUGACUGUAUACCGGGAGCCAGAUCGUCAGACAUUAGAUCCAAACUUAAAGUACUGGCUAAUGCUAAGCGUAAGUUUUCUAAAAUUGUUAUUCAUGCCGGCGCAAAUGACACCAGACUCCGCCAGUCAGAGAUCACCAAAGAUACUAUUAAAGAGGUGUGUGAAAUUGCAAAAACAAUGUCAGAUAAUGUAAUUUGCUCUGGUCCCCUCCCCGCCUACCGGGGUGAUGAAACUUAUAGCAGAUUAGUGUCUCUUCACCACUGGAUGUCAAAAUGGUGCCCUCAGCAUAACGUAGGGUUUAUAGAUAAUUGGAAACACUUCAGGGGGAGACCUGACCUGCUAAAGAGAGAUGGCCUUCAUCCGUCAUCGGAAGGAUAUGCUAUACUCUCUAGAAAUCUGACCAAUACUCUAAAUUCUAAUACAGUCUGAC